AAUGUUCCAUUUUUCUUACCUCCCAUACUAACCAGAGAAAAAGAAUCCUUCUUAGGUAUCGUCAUGGAAGCUGGCGCUGCGAUGGUCAGUUUCGUCAGCCUGGCAGGCACUGCUGCACAAGGUCUGAAAUUUCUGUAUGACUUCGCGACCAACAUGAAGGACUGCCCCAAGGAUAUUCGCGAAAUGAGGAUCGACCUUGAAUUAGUAGAAGUCUUAAUCACGGAAGUAGUCCGACAGUGCAACGAGCGAGAUAAGCGACUUCGAGAAAGCGCAGGAUUGGCACGUGCAAUUGGUCACGCUCAGGAAAGCGUCGAAGAUCUCAACAAGCAGCUGGAUGCGUAUCGUGUGGAUGGAAAACGUAAGCGAAUCAUAUUUGCAACCAAGAUCAAUCAAAUGAAAAAGCUCAGGACAAGCUUGGAUAGGACUAAGACCAUUAUGCUUGAAUUUAAGGAUCAGCUGCAGAGCGACCUGUUGUAUGACCUCCAUGACAUGAAUCAAGAGGUUCUCAAAUCAGUAGAGAAGACAAGCAAAAAUCUAGAAACAUAUGACAGGCAGUGUUACAAGGUCAAGCAAGAAUUCGAGGUCCAAUCAGAAACCACGAAUAAUUCCAGUGACAGAGGAGAGUCUCCGGCUCAGCUAGCAAACGAUACUUCAUCCCAAGGCCUGGCAGAUAUUAAAAUUAUCGCCAAGGAACUCGAGCAUAUCAAGGACUUGUUGGCGGAAACAAAAAUCUCAUCUUCGCCGACUUCAUUACCAUCAACGCCUGCAUUGUCACGCGAAGUUAGCGAUAUCUCCGUUAUGAGCUCGUCCCAGGAAACGACCGCCAGCAGCAUCUCGAGCUCGCAAACCGUUCCGCGAUCAAUAUCCCAGAAUGCUCAACAAGCGAAUAUCACUUCAAAAUAUCCCCUUCUACAGUUCAAGGAUAACCAGUUCCGAUUCUUGGUCGCGACCAUCUUCAUCCAGCGUACCACCCAACAUGUCGCUUGUCAACGUGCCUCAGAGUGUCUGGCAGUAUAUCCAACACCAGAAGCACUUUCGAAAGCAUCACCUGAAGCUCUCGAGCAAUAUUUCAUCGGAAUUGGUUUGCACAAGGCCAAGCCACCUCAGUUAAUCAAGCUAGCCCAAGCAUACAUCAAAGAUCCACCACAACAGGGCAGAUUGCGCUCGAAGGCUACUUGUCCCCAAUCUGAGAUUUCACAUCUACCCCAUAUUGGACCAGUAUCAAUCAAUGUCUGGCUAGUUUAUUGUUGUGAAAGGGUAGACAUAGUAACCAAUGAUACAAAGCUGUUGGAGUAUAUCAAGCAUCUCAAAAGAACGAGACGGGCGGAUAACUGCCUCUAGAUAUCAUGCUUUUUACAUGAACAUCAAGGCACAGCGAAGCCACUACAGUUACGACUUUUGUAAAAUUUCAAGGUAAAGCGUAGAAUAGAUAUAGAGUAGGACUGAAUGAAUUACAUUUCUAGUUUCUUUA